CUUUGCAAAGUUUUUGUGAUGGUGUGAAUGAUCUGAGUGGCUUCGUGAGUGUGGAAUUUUAAGGAAUUAACCAGGAUUUCCUUCAUUUCCUUCCAAAAUGAAAGUGGUAGCUUUGUUAGUGUGUAUUUUUCAUCUACCUCAAAGUAUUUUAGGUGCUGAAAACUCUUGUUACGAUUCACAGGGCAAAGCUCAAAAAUGUGUUCCAGAAUUUGUAAAUGCAGCUUUCAAUCUGACAGUAGAAUCGACUAACACAUGUGGACUGACAGGUCCACAGGAGUUCUGUUUACAAACUGGAGUAACUGGUGUGCGCAAAUCGUGUGGUCAUAUCUGUGAUGCAGGAAGCUCAUCUCAGAUGCAUCCGUCAAGUUUCAUGACAGAUUUCAAUACGCAGAAUUACUGGACAUGGUGGCAGUCUGAAACUAUGCUGGAGCGUCGCGGUGAUUGGCUCCAACAACGACAGCAACAUGUUAACCUUACUCUAAGCUUAGGUAAAAGUUUUGAUGUCACAUACAUUCGAUUGCGCUUCCACUCUCCUAGACCAGAAAGUUUUGCCAUCUACAAACGGACAUCAGAAGAUAGCGAAUGGACUCCAUACCAGUUUUACAGCGCUUCUUGCGGCCGGACAUACAACCUGCCAUUCCAGGGAUACCUCUCGGCAGACAAACAAGACGAUGCCACUUGUACGGACGAAUACAGCGAUAUUUCACCUCUAACUGGGGGUGAGGUGCCCUUUUCUACACUUGAGGGACGUCCCGGUGCAGAGAAUUUUGAAAACAGUCCAGUUCUUCAGGAAUGGGUGACGGCUACAGACAUCCGUAUUGUGUUGAAGCGUAUGAACACGUUCGGUGAUGAAAUAUUUGGUGAUCCUCGUGUAUUGCGCUCCUACUUCUACGCUGUUGAUGAUCUGGCUGUGGGAGCUAGAUGCAAGUGUAACGGGCAUGCCAACCACUGUGAGCUGGAUUACAAGCGUGACCUGGUCUGUGAGUGUCAUCACAACACGACAGGACCGGACUGCAGCAUGUGUAAACCCUUCUAUAAUGACAGACCCUGGGGUCGCGCAACCAAGGAUGGCGCCAUGGAGUGUUUACCAUGUGACUGUAACGGGAUGAGUAACGAGUGUUACUUUGAUGAGGAGCUGUACAAGGAGACGGGCCAUGGCGGGCACUGUACGAACUGUCAGGACAAUCGGGGCGGUAUCCAUUGUGAACAGUGCCUGCCUAACCACUACAUUGAACAGCGCACCAACCGGUGUACAGCCUGUAACUGCGAUGAGACUGGAUCUGAGGACCUACAGUGUGAUGACUCUGGUCAGUGCCAGUGUAAACCAGGCGUGACUGGGCAGACUUGUGACCAGUGCCAGGAUAAUUACUAUGACUUUAGCAUCUAUGGUUGCAGGCCAUGUGGUUGUAUAGCAGAGGGCAGUUUGAACAAUAAGCCGAAAUGUGACUCUAGCACGGGAGCCUGCAUGUGUAAAGAGUUUGUGGAAGGACAGAACUGUGACAGAUGCAAGCCAGGAUAUUUUGGCCUGGAAGGUGGAAACCCGUAUGGCUGUAUAUCGUGUUUCUGUUACGGCCAUUCCUCCAUCUGUACCAAUGCCACAGGAUACUCUGCUCGAACCAUUCUCACGGACUUUGAGACAGGAAAGCAGGGUUGGACAGGCGUGGACCGAGGAAACAAUAUGGUGGGGACCCAGUAUAAUGGCAUCCUACAGAACCUGGGCAUUUCAGCUCCUGAAAACAACCCCAUGGUCUACUUCAAUGCACCAGCACGUUACCUUGGUGACCAAAGGUUCAGCUAUAACCAAUUCCUGUCAUUUAAAUUACGCAUCGGUGAGGAAUCCGCCACACCUUCAAUUAUUGAUAUCAUUAUCGAGGGAUCAGGCCAACAGAUAUCUAUUCCCUUCUACUAUCAGCGAAACCCGACGCCCGGUCUGGAGGAUCAAGAGUUCAGGUUCCGCUUGAAUGAACACCCCGAUUAUCAAUGGCACCCGCGCCUUAAGUCAGAGGCAUUCAUCUCGAUAUUGACAAACGUUACAGCCAUCAAGAUUCGAGGCACCUACAGUAGUGAAGGUGUAGGAUUCAUUGAUGACAUCCAGUUGGAUACAGCACGUCGCGGGUUUAAUGAUGAGGCAGAGGUUAUGUGGGUGGAGAGUUGUACGUGCCCUGAGGGAUAUGUGGGACAAUUCUGUGAGUCAUGUGCCCCUGGGUACAAACGGGACCCCGCAUCUGGUGGAGCGUUCGCAAACUGUGUGCCAUGUGAAUGUAACGGCCAUAGUGAUCAGUGUGAUCCAGAGACAGGACGUUGUAUCUGUAAUGACAACACUGUUGGCCAGUACUGUGAGCGGUGUGCGGAGGGUUUCUACGGUAGUGCGGGCGAUGGAACACCCGACGACUGUCAGGCGUGCCCAUGUCCGGGCCAGGGACCUUGUGUCCAGCUAUCUGGUGGAGAAAUCGUGUGUACCGCCUGUGACGAGGGAUAUGGAGGAAAUCUGUGUGACAUUUGUUUGGAUGGCUACUUUGGCGACCCGAAAGGCUGGUACGGGCAAGAGCGUCCAUGUGAACGUUGUCAGUGUAACGGAAACAUAGACCCCAACGCUGUCGGAAACUGUAACAGGACAACUGGUGAAUGUCGCAAGUGUAUCUACAGCACAGCCGGCUUCUCCUGUGACAAAUGUCUGCCUAACUACUAUGGUGAUGCCCUUGCAGAGGAGAAGGGAGACUGUCAAUCGUGUAACUGCUACCCUCCUGGUACGUCUACGGUGGGCGUGUUGUCUUGUAACCCAGAAACUGGCAACUGCCCAUGCCUGCCCAACGUACUCGGACGCCAGUGUGACGAGUGUGAGGUUGGCUAUUGGAAUCUGGAGAGUGGACAGGGUUGUGAGGCCUGUGACUGUGACCCGAUUGGUUCCCUCAACAACACAUGUAACCUUGGGACAGGCCAGUGCAAGUGUAAACCAGGCGUGACUGGAAGGAAAUGCGACCAGUGUGACAGGUUCUACUAUGGAUUCUCCAUCAUUGGCUGCUCAGCUUGCAACUGUGACCCUGAGGGUUCUGUAGACAUGCAGUGUGAUGAUUACGGCAACUGUCCCUGUGUUGAUGGAGUGGAGGGCAAGCGUUGUGACCGGUGUAUGGAGAACAAGUACAACAUCACAGCUGGCUGUAUUGACUGCCCGCCAUGUUACAGUCUGGUUCAGGAGCGUGUGAACGUCCACCGGGGCAAACUACGCGAGCUCAGCAACCUCAUUAUCAACAUCGGUAAUGACCCCACCGCCUUUAACGACACCAAGUUCCUGAACCAGCUUACCGUCGUCAAUGAGUCUGUCAACGCCCUGCUGGAUGAGGCUCGCGGAGCAGGAAGUGACAAUGGUACAAUGGGCCAGCAGCUGGCAGCUCUGAAGGAGAAUAUUGCUGAUGUGUUGGGACGGUGUGGCCAGAUAACCACCAACAUUGUCCUGGCUCGUGCCACUGCUGCAGAGAGUAUGGAUGAUAUAAUGAAGGCUGAGACUGCCAUUUCUAGGGCAGAGACAUCAUUGAAGGCAGCAGAAAACUACAUUGACACAGAGGGUCAGGCGGCGUUACAGCGUGCACGGGAGGCUUUGGAGAAGUUUGGUCAACAGUCACAGCAGAUGACUGUCAUUGCCAAUAAGGCAAAGACACUGUCCAUGCAGCAAUCUGAGGAGGCUGCUCGUAUUGAAUUGAUGGGAAAGAAAGCGUUGGAGACAUCCAAUGAGGCUCUCCGGCUUGCCAUGGAAACCAUGCAGAUGCCACAGGACAUACAGGAAGACAUUCAGGACCUUAAGGACAGGGCAAAUGAGGCCGACAGACUGUAUGAGCAGACCAAGUUCUUUGCUGACAAGGCAUUAAACCUGUCUCUGGAGGCGUACAACGAGGCCUUGCAACUCUACACACAGGCAACCUCUCUCCAGAUACCGAACGUCAAUGUGGAACAGCUGAUGGCUGAUGCUGAAAACAUCAAAAAACAGGCUGCUCGCAUUAAGGCUGAUUCUGCAGAGCUGAUGCAGCAGAACGCUGACCUGUUUGCUGAGGCUACCACCCAGCGAGAUGCCGCACAGAAUCUGCUUGACAGUGGAAUACAACACCAACAGCGUGCGGACUUGUUGCUAGCGGAGGUGGACGCAGCUCGUGCCCGAGCACGUGAUGCCGUGAACAAGGGGGAACAGACUCUACGUGAGGCCAAUGAGACACUUCAGACACUUCUAGGAUUCAACCAGGUGGUCCAAGAGAGCCGGGGUAAGGCUGAAGAGGCCCUAGAGAGGGUACCUGAGAUUGAGGCCCACAUACGGGAGGCGGAGGCCCGCACAGAUGAGGCUCGUGAGGCCCUGAGUGGGGCGGAGAAUGACGCUGAGAUGGCGCUGCGUAUUGCUCAGGAGGCUGAGGAGAUGGCUCAGGGCGCAUCUGAUGAGGCGAGUCGUAUCCGUGGUGACGCAGGCAAGACCAAGCAGCGUGCUGUGGAGUUACUGGACAGUGCAGGGAUAUUAGAGGGUGACGUGAGGGAUACAGGGGAACAGGUGGACAACCUUAGCGUGCAGGCCGAUAAUGAUAACAGUCUAGCUGCUAAUGCCCUAGAGAAGGCUGGAUCAGCCAAGCAGACGGCUAGAGAUGCUGCUGACAGGGUGGCCGAUGCCCUCGCCAAGGUCGAAAACAUAUCCAGUAUCCUCGCCACUUUGCGUGACCUAGACACAGCUGACCUUGACCGCCUGGAGCUGGAAUUGGCUGCUGCCGAGACUACUUUGAAAAACCAGAACCUCGAGUCACAGUUUGCCAAACUCACUACUGCAAACAAUCAGGUCAAACUCUGGGUUCAGGAUUAUAACGCAGACUUGAGCGAUCUUGAGAAAGAUGUUCAGAAUGUGAAAGAUAUCAUGGACUCGCUGCCGGAUGGUUGUUUCAAGAACAUCGAUAUCGAGACUCCGACCGCGCAGUAAUCGAUGUCAAAGAGAGGCAAAUCAAUAUAUUGGCCGAUUGCUCGGUCCAUUAGGCCAGCUGACAGGUGUGACAAUGAGCUCAUUUGAUUAUUCACAUCUGUGUGUGAUGCUUGGCGCAAUCUUUAUUAUAUUUUUUUUAUUCUAUGCAUUGUGGUGAAUAGAUAAUUUUGUUUUUAUACAUCUCUUGAAUCAUCAAGUGUCCAAAAACGCCCGUCAUGAUCUUCCUGUUUUUGACAGUACACAAUUAACACUUUUAAACCAGGAUAUUUUGUUGUCUCAAAGUGUAUAAAUUGUGGGAAGUAUGAAAUUUGGGGAAGAUUUGUCACAGAUUGAAAUGUCAGCUGGUCAAAGUGUUGUGUAAAUCAUUGUUCAUUAUGUAUAUAGCACAUUUUAUUUGUUUAAUCAUUGUAAACAUGGAGGCCCCUGUUAAAAUCAUUAAGCAGACAUGACAAUACUGAAAAAUCGAUUUUGAUUUUAGAUAGAUGUUCAAAUUAUUGAAAUAAUAAUAACACUCCAUAUGGAGUAUUUGAGAAACUAGUAAGUAAAGAUUAUAUUUCCUAAGCUUCUCCGCCGAGUGUUGUUCAGCUUUCAAAAAUCUGCCUCUACAAGAACAAGUUUUUUCAAAGGGAGACAACUUUGUACAGAAGGUUGUGUAUUGUAGAAGUUCUUUCCCUUUGCCCCAUGUGAAACAUAUGGUUAACUGAUUGCAUCAAACUGCUCCAAUGGUUGAAGGCAGGUGGCCGAGCCAUGUUGAUUGUUUUAUACCAAAGUGUCGCUAAUUCUGAGAGAUGUAUUUGUGUCUGAUUGUACAUAGAGUGUGUGCUCAUUCUGGAAAUCAUGUUUGUUUUUUACCUGUCAUUAGAUUUUCACUUUAUGUUCCCUUUGACUUACAUAUAAGUUACCAAAGUGCAAAUAUAUACAAAUAGUUAUCUACAGUAUAAGGCUUUAACCAAAAUUUGGCAGUUUUUUUAAUUGUGGCUGUGCUUAGAAUCAUUUAUUUUCUGUGGCAUUUCUAUGUCAGUGACAUUUUGACAUUUCCACAUCUGUGACAUUUCUAUGUCUGUGACAGUGUCUGUGACAUUUCUAUGUCUGUGACAGUGUCUGUGACAUUUCUAUGUCAGUGACAGUGUCUGUGACAUUUCUAUGUCUGCAACAUUUUGACAUAUCUUUGUCUGUGGCAUUUCUAUGUCUGUGACAGUGACUGUUACCUCUAUGUCCGUGGCAUUUCUAUGUCUGUGACAUUUCUUUGUGACAGUGUCUGUGACAUUUCGAUGUCUGUUACAUUUGUGUGUGUGUCAUAUUUACAAGAUAUUUAGUGAAAACAAUGGUUGUGUUAUUUGAGGCCAUUUUAUUUGGUUGCUCCUGACUCAAUGUUGGUUGUUAAAUUUUAGUAUAUGGUUGUGUGUUUUUACAUGCUUUCUACAUACAUUUACAUUGAACAAAUUUAAUCUGCUGUGCAUAUGGACAAUAUCAAGUUUUGCAGUGAAAGUUUAUACAGCUAGCUGGUUUCAUUUAUUGUUAGCAAAGCAAACUGUCCACUUCUUCUAGGGAACAGUAAUUAUCAUUUUGAGCAGGUUUUUAUAUAAUAAGAGAUAAUUUUAAAUUACAUGCAAUCAGCACAAAAUGAUUUCCACUAUUUAAUAGAUAAAUAGUUCUUGCUUGCCAAAUCUUUAGACAGAAAAAUAAAAUAAUGGAGUGCCAUAGUUGUAUUUGAAAUCCUUGUUUCUAAGUUCUGUAAAAAGAUGUGUGUAGUGGUUAAGGUGUUGUCUGAGAGAUUAUAGGUUCACCCCCAUGGGUACUUACUCACACCCUGUCAACUAGUACUGGUGCCUACCCAGGAAACACACUCAAGCGUGACUUAUAUAAGCUUAUAGCUGUCUGUCCAAACAAGCAUUGAUAAUUACUUAUUGAUAAGUUAAAUACUUUAAAUAUUAAGAUUUUUUGAUAUGACAUUUUGGUGAAUACAUGUUCUAUGCUGUUCUAUAUCACACAGAAAGAGAAAAUAUAAAAUUGCAUAAUUGAUUGUAUUCUUGAUAUAUUACAUACGCAUGUUAUGAAUAAAUAUCAAAUAGACAAGGCCAGUAGAAGAAGUGUAUCUCAUAUCUCAUAUAUAUAUUCUCAUGUCUAUAUCUAACUUGCUAUCUGUCAGGUAUGUAUGUCAGUAAUAUAAAAUAUUAUUAUGUUUUUGAUAAUACAUAAUGUAUUUAUGAAUACACCAAAUCAUGUGUAAAUGUUUACCCCAGUGUUUUGAUAUGCCAUUUAGAUAUAAAUACAAAAUACUAUUAGUUUACAAUAUUUUUUAUCCUUUCUCUUCUUAAAUAUGAUAUCAAGUAAAUGAAGUGAAGUUAUUUUUCAUGAAUCUCAUCAGAAUGCUUCAGUAAGAUUGUUUAUAAUGAUUUACCAAGUAAAAAAACAAAAAAAAACAAUUAUGACAAUUUACUUUUGAGACUUAACUAUCAAUACAUUGUUUGUGCCAAAUUUCAUGUUCUGUGUUUAGUUUGUAAUGUCACAAAUUGUUCAAUUUUGUACAAAGAUUUUUUUGUGUCUUUUUUCUCUUAAUUCAUGAUUGAAAUAUUUUUACAUGUCAAUUGAAGUGACCGGAUUUAAAAAAAAAGUUCAAUCAUGACCAUCAAUUAUCUGUAACAUAAAUAAUUCAUUACUGACAGUUGUCAGAUCUAUUUAGAGUUGCAGCAUACAUUUCACAGAAAAGUAGAAUUUGACACUAUAUCUAUGUUUGAAUUCAUAGAUUUAUUUUGUCCUUGAAAAAAGCAUCCUUGACCUGAAUUCUCCUUAAAAGAUAAUAAAGUGCACAACUGCUGAAGCGAAUAUCAAACAUAUGAAUUGCAAAAACGUUUUUCAUUAUAUUUUAAGUGUUUUUAUUCACUACUGAUCUACCAUACUAGUAUUUAAACAUUGUAAAAAUCUGACCAGUUUGUAUGAUAUAUUUUUUCUUGCAAAUGUUGAAUGUUGAAUUUCUCAUCCUUCUGUGAAUCUGACUACUAGCAUAAUUCAACAGAUUUUAUUGAUGACUGACUUAAACAUAAUUGUUCCUAUGCAUAAUAGUAAAAUGCUUUACUUUUCACAGUGAAAUCCAUCUACAAAUCAAAUCUUGCUCAUGAAAGGAUGUGGUCAUAAUUUCUUUAUUGGCUGGCUAUACCUUGGCCUGGUGUUACACCGAGUUACAAUUUUAUAUCUGCAAUAUGAAUGACAAUUAAUGUGACAAAGGUGAUGACAAUAUUCAUCAGUUCAAGGACAAUUUAAAAAAAAAAUCAGAUAGUGUCAGCUUUAACUUUGACAUGUUGUUUUAUUAAUUGUAAUUGUAUUUCAAUAGUUCAAUAUAGAAUUUAAUUAUCAAACGUUUUGUAUUAAUUAUAUUGCAAUAGUUAAUUAUGUAACGUGGUGCUACCUUUAAUAAAUGUGCCUUGAAUCUUUAAUUGUUUGAUAUACCCUACAUGUAUUCUGUAAUCAAAGCCUUUUUACUAUUGAACAAAGUAGUUAUCUCUCUCUCUGAAUGGACAUGCUUGCUUCUGAAGUUUUAUCCUAUUUUGUACGUCUAUUAAAGUUUGUAUGAAAUACA